CUGAAAAAAUUAAAAAUUAAAAAUUAAAAAUUAAAAAUUAAACAUUUUAAUUAAAUUAAAUUAAAUUAAAUUAAACUAAAUCAAAUGUAUAAAACAAAAUUUAAAAAAAAUACAUUAACUGUACAUAAGUACAAAUUUGAAUGGACCUUGUAGUGAGAUUGUUUACUCCAUAUUUCUCCCUGAUUUCCUUCAUUUGACCAGAAGAUGGCGACAAAAACUUCACCAAUGACUGAAGCACCAACGUCACACAGACCCUCAUUAUCAAUUAAAUAUAAAAAUAAAUAACCCUCGAUCAUUUCAGCAGGACUGAAACACACAACACACACAUGAAGCUGCGAAUAUCUCCAUGAACACAUACAGGUGGCUUUAACCACCCAGGCUAGUGGAGUCAUGUGCACUGAGGAGGACUUGUUGAGAAGAUGGUGCUGAAGAUGAAGAUGCCUGGAGGUGGAUGCUCAGCAGCAGCAGCAUCAGCAGCAGGAUCAGGACCAGCAUCAACAGCAGCAGCAGCAUCAUCAUCAGCAACAGCAUCAACAGCAGCAGCAGCAGCAUCAGCAUCCUCUGCAUCCUCUCCAUCCUCCCACAGCAAAUGAGUGAACAUGGCCGCGGAGCAGCUCUUCCUGCAGCACCACUGAGACAAGGAAUAAACAACACACAGAUUAAAUGGCGUUCAUGUCCCGGUUCUCCCGGUCCAGGAGCAGCUCCAGGUCCCCGAACAGAAAGGACUCGGAGCGCGUCUCUCCGACCCUGAGCGUGUCCGAGCUGGAGAGGCUGCUGUGCACCGGGAAAACAGCCUGCAACCACGCAGACGAAGUGUGGCCACGACUUUAUAUAGGAGAUCAAGAAAUUGCGUCAGACCGGCGUGAGCUGGCCAAGUUGGGCAUUACACACAUCCUCAACUGCGCCCAGAGCAAGUGGCGCGGUGGCGCCGAGUAUUACGCCGGGAUGAACGUCACCUAUCACGGCAUCGAGGCUCACGACUCCCCGACCUUCGACAUGAGCGUCAACUUCUACCCUGCUGCUGAGUUCAUCCACAAAGCCCUCACGAGUGGAGGUAAGGUGCUGGUCCACUGCACUGUGGGAGUGAGCCGCUCAGCCACGCUGGUGCUGGCCUACCUGAUGAUCCGACAGAACCUGACGCUGGUGGAGGCCAUCAAAACCGUCAAGGACCACCGAGGCGUCAUCCCCAACCGAGGUUUCCUCCGCCAGCUCAACGGCCUGGACGGCAUCCUGAGAGAGAGCCAUAUCUUGUGUGUGAUGAUCUGAAAUUCAUCCAGUAGAGAGGACACUACGCCCAUUUGGACGGGAUUGGUAUUAUAGGUGGAGGUGGAGGUAACAGACAUGGACAUUCAGCAGGACAACUUUAGGCAAAGAUUCUGCAUGAGGUGAAUUUGAGUCAAAAAUCACACUCCUUUUCGGAGUCAUAACUCAGUGAAAUCUGAACACACAGACACAAAACACAUUUUUUUAGAUUCAAUGUGACUUACCAUUCCCGGGGAUAUAUUAUAUCUGAUGUCCAUCAGGAAUAAACGUCCAUAAAUCCGCUUGGAAAUCUUAGAGAAAAAGACGCUUCAGACCUUCAUUGAGAAUCAGCACAUUUUUAAGUUUUCUUCAGUAUAAAAUUAAAUCAGUGAUAGUUGUCUGUACAUGCAUGGGUUCACUGUAAACAGGAGGUGCUAAUAGAUAAUUCGGCAUACUUUUAAUGGUAAUUUGCAAAAAACAGAGGCUUUAAAAAGGGCUCAAAAGAGAAUAGUAGUAGCCUACUUACCUGUAGCUGCAACCGUAUAUUUGUUGAGCUUUUUUUUAUGGAAAUAACUCCAAGACACACUUUAAAAUACAAGAAUGUGACUUAAAUUACAAGAGGACCAGCCAGUUCACAUAAAAACAGUAGAAUUUCAGUAGAAACUCACCCCACCUCCCCUAGAGAAAUAAAUCCAGUCCGAAUGGUGCUUCAGACUUUGACAAGGCUAUUAAACAACUUCCAGUCCGGUGUAUCACUUCAACUUUACAGUGACUGUUAGCUGUCCAGAGUCGUAGACUAAUCUAAGUGAUAAUUUAAAGAUGCAGGCACAAGAAGCAUUUAGUGUAGACGUGCAGUGGGAGAAAAAUACCACAAAUGUGCCAUUGCAAAAGCUACCAACUGCCUGGAUGUCAGGAGAGUGCACCGUGUUCAGCGCUGCACGCCUCGAGUCUUGCAAAGUCUUUUGUCUCGGUGUUAAGUGAGGCUUGUGUUCUCAAGCUGAUGAAAAACAGAAGAUCCAAUGCUGAAAUUCAAGCCAGCUUUUCAAAAUGUUAUUAUUAUUAUUGAUUACCUCAAGUACCAAACACAUGUUUAGUGACUGGUGGUCUUCGUCUGUGCUGUUUUAACACCACCAUGAUGAAGUAUACAGGUAAACUUUGCUCAGCUCAUAUGCAGAAAAAUGUAAAUAAAAAGCUGAUUUGUGGAUUUGUACAGUCCGUGGAGAUUUAAAGGUAUAGUUUGAAUAUUUUGGAAUUAAGCUCAAUCGCUUUCCUGCCGAGAGUUAGGUGAGAAGAUCGAUUCCACUCGUGCGCUAAGUAUGGAGCUGAGGCGGGAGGCGAUUAGCUUAGCUUAGCAUAAAGCCUGGAAGCAGGGGGAAACUGCUAGCUGCUAGUUUUUACAUUUCUGUUUGUUACAGAUUAAACAAACAAGAAGUUUCAGGCUGCUACGCCUUUCAAAGUGUGUGUUUACCAACCCGGUCUCACGGGAAGGAGUAUAAAUACCACGACAUUACACGGACAUUCUGAAACGAUGGGUCUUUGAUCACAUUCUCUAACAGACACUCUAACAGAGGUUUGACGUUUUUCGUUGGCGUAAAUGACGCCAGCAGAUUUUUAUCAGUUCUAGCUAACUAGGUUGUGUAAGUCGGCUGAAAGCUGACUUUUUAACGUUUCCAGAUGACUCGUUUCAACACAAGGAACCUUUAAAAAGGCUCUGAAAUAUGCACCUGAUGGCAAUAUACAAAUAUCAUGCUAAAAAAAAGGCUAACGCUAAAAUGUCCCAAGUAAAAAAGCAGCAUCCUCACCAGUCGAUGAUCCACUUUAGAGAUGUUGGUAGCCUUUUUUUUUUUUACUUUGGAAAGGGCCAGGCUAGCUGUUUCUCUCUGUUUCCAGUCUUUAUGCUAAGCUAAGCUAAGCGCUUAGCUAAUCGCCUUCAUAGCCUACUUACUGCACAGCAACCGGAAGGCGUAUAAAUACCACGACAUUACACGGACAUUCCGUGGGUCAUGAGUACGCAUUUCAGCGUGUCAUUUGUACGCCACUUUUCGAUGUCAUUUGUGCGUCACGCAAACGUCCGCAGUAAGGUUUAGGCAAAAAGACUUCUUAGUUAGGGUAAGGGAAAACUUACUAGAGUACACUAAGCAAAACACGUACGGAAACGACUACGGAAAACACGUGGUCUUUCUCGCUUUUUAUACUACAUCAUUAACUCUUACCGUAGCAUUUAUACGCGGAUGCGUUUACAUCGCAGUCAGUUCAGGAUACACGGCGUACAAAUGACUCGCGGAAAUCAAGAAAGACGUACACGCUAAACGCUGUGCACGAUCUCAUCUAACUCUCGCCAAGAAUGCGAUUAUUCCCCAAAAAAUGUCAAAGUAUUCCUUUAAAGAGUGUUUUGUAUCAUGGCCUUGGAAAGUUUAAGGGACAAUGUGUUUGCAUUGUGUGUUAAAUUAAUACCCAUUUGCAUCAUAGCUGGCUACUUGGGGACCAAACGAUGACCCCGAGGGGCCACAUCGGACCCCUUAUCGCAUGAAAGAUAUUUUCAUGAGAUCCUGGAUAUUUUAAAUCGGACUAAAACUCCUCCUCUUGUUACGUUUUGUGUCAGGAAAACAGAGACUUCCUUUGCUACGACUCUGUUAAAUACCACGAUGUCCUGGUGCAGCAGAAUCUGCCUUUUUUUCCAGAAGCGUUCCACUCAGUUAAAACACUUAUAAAACAGGUGAACUAUCUAUCGGUGGAUAUUCUUUUGGACGGGGCCUCUUUAACCGUAACGAUCUUUACCUUUUGCUGUAUUGGAUCUGUAUGUUUUGUAUUUUUGUGGUUUUACUGUGCCGUGAUUGGUCGUUGGUCUCACUUCCUGUUUAUAUUCUCAUAAUGCGGUUGUUUUCUUACAGAGACCUUUCUAUAGGAAAACUUGAAUUCUUUUGAAUUUAUUUUUGUAUCACUCUCUUUGUUGAAGGAGAAUCAGGCAAAGGAGAUGUUGAUGCCUUAAUCUGUGUACGUCAAGUUUAGACUUUUGUUUCUAUGUUUUUAUUGUAAAUAACACUGAGCAUUGAUAACUUUGUUUUGAUAAAUUCUGUACUUAAUCGGAAAUAAAAAUAAAAAAAACUUCUCUCAGA